AUGUUAGUUUACUCAGUCUCCCACUCAGACACACUAGUUCUCACCCCAAACCACCCUGAAACUGAUGACCGUGCUGGGCCAAGCACGAAGAGACCUCGUUUUGAUGAAGCUUUUGAGGCUAAGCAGUUUGUCAGUGAAAUUUUGAAAGAAAAGGCAGGUGGACUUGCUGUUUUGGCCGAAUAUAAUGAACAUGGAAGACUCACAGAUUCAACCCGGCGACAGUUAGUCAACAUCGUUGUUGCAUACAUAACUGAAAAAGAAGGUCGUGUCCCUUCCAAAGAAACAAAAACACGCUGUGCCUUGGGAAUUGUAACACUUUGCCCAUCACUGAAGGAUCCAUACUCAAGAACUGGAUAUGUUCUUCAAGACUUUGACAUCAAAUUUGGAACUGAAACAGCUUCCAGACUACUAGAACAAUGGGACACUUUAAAGCCAAAGAUCAUCGCAGAGGCGAAAACGCUUAAUUCAAACUUGUACCUAAACAGCCUGCUUGCAGCUGGCACUGGACAGAACCUGGAAUGUGAAUGGCAAGGAUGGGACAGUGACAUGUCCUGUCUUUUACUACUGGCUUUCCUUUUGCCACCUUCAGCAGGUGGUAGAAACAAUUCAACAAAGAUCAGCAUUAAGGAGGCAAUGGAUUAUGUUGUGCAGUUUCACAAGGCUUGUUGCAGUCUAACUGAAUAUCUUGAGAAGACUGAAGGCCUGCAACCACAUCUCCUUGCAGUUGGCUCUGCAAAGAAUGCUAUUCAUGAGUUCUACAUUGUUCUGGAUGGAAAACUCCUACCAUGUCAGACAACAAUCUACAAGAUUGGCUGUGGCACAGUUCGUGAAACCCCAAGGGUAAAGGACCUACGAGCCAAACUUCUGAACUAG